GGGUGCUGAGUUUUAUGGCAGCACAGAUGCACCAUUCCCAUCGUUGGAGGAGCUUUGGUUAGAUAACGAACCAGUGGAAGAAGUGGGACGUGGAGGCGAAGCAACGCCGUGAAGUAUUCCCUCGUCUUCGCAAGCUCGCCAUCGGAAACUGCCGCAGUUUAACAGGACUGAUAACCCUCCCUUCAUCACUGGACGAGCUUGUUGUUCGAUUCUUUGCAGGUGGUGACUCGUGGGACUUGCCCGAGGACGAGGCCUCGACAUCAACGUUGAUGCUUCACGUCGAUAACCUCUCGCUUUUACAGAGAUGCCUUCAGGAAGGACACCUCACUUCGCUUCGUCGACUGGAGAUUCGCGGCAGCUUUGACCUCGAAGCGUUUGCUCGUGGGCUGGAGGAGCGGCUGGAUCACAUUUCCUCUCUCCACCACCUGCAUCUCACCGGAGUAUGCCGCCCACAACACCUUCCUCGUCAACUGGUCACCCUUCCAAGCCUCAAGAGCCUGCACAUAGUGGAUUGCCCUGAAAUCAACAUGCUCCCAGAGGGAAGCCUACCUAGCAAUCUAGUGGAUUUGCAAAUCAACGGGAGUCCAAAGCUGGAGCAGCGCUACGAGUGGACGACCGGCCCCGAAGGGUGCACAAUCCAUGCCAAAAAAAUUAACGAAGCGUUGCAGUCGAAAACACCUGAAAAGAGCGAGAAGGGGAAAAGAACACGAUAGGUGCCGCAGGCAAGGUUCCAGGAGUCGAACAUGUCCCGGACAAAAGAAGAGACAAAAGACUUGGUUCUGAUCUGUCCAAUAAUAAGCAAGGGCUUUCCUUUGCACAGGAAGGCUGCUGACAUUGUGCUCGUUUCUUUCUUCCUUCCUCCCUUCUCAGUGCAAUGUUCGCAAACCUGAUAAAUGCAUGCAUAAUUCUUCUUGCAAA